AAACAUAUGAGUGGUAACAAGUCUUCUUAAUAUCUGUCUUCAGUACUAAAAUGGGAUAAUCUGAAGAAGCAGUUUACUCAAGUAUCAUUCCCAGUGCCAACCGGAUCAUGAAUUGUAGAAUGUGCUCCUGAUUACAGAACUGAUGCAUUGUCUGAUGCCCUCUGCAAUAUAAACUACAGGAUAUAACCUUUUCCAGGUGGAUUAUUUCUCAAAACAUUAUAAGGCAUACGUUUUGAGACAACAUGAAGGAGUAUGUGCUUUUCUACUUAUUGGCUCUGUGUUCAGCCAAGCCAUUUGUACUACCUCCAAAGUACAUGGCGCUAACUGACCUCAUGCUAAAAGAUAUGGAAGAUGAUGAUGAUGAUGACGAUGACGAUGAGGACAAUAAUGCAUUAUUUCCAGUUAAGAAAAACUUCCCAGUCCGACCCACAUUAACUCCAUUUGAUAUAUUUCCAACUUGCCCAUUUGGAUGCACGUGCUAUUUAAGAGUGGUUCAAUGCUCUGACCUUGGUUUGACUGCCAUACCAGAUAAAAUUCCACAUGACACUCGACUGUUGGAUCUCCAGAAUAACAAAAUCAAAGAGAUCAGAGAAAAGGAUCUGCAGGGUCUAACAAACCUUUACGCCUUGUUUCUAAACAACAAUAAGGUAUACAAAGUUCAUCCAAAAGCAUUCCAGUCCACAAAGAAAUUACGGAGGCUGUACUUUUCACACAACCAAUUAACAGAGAUUCCAUCCAAUCUCCCACAAUCAUUGGCGGAACUGAGAAUUCAUGACAACAAAGUAAAGAAAAUACAAAAGAAUAAUUUUAAAGGCAUAGAUUCUCUGCAUGUUUUAGAAAUGAGUGCAAAUCCUCUUGAAAAUGAGGGAAUUGAGCCUGGAGCUUUUGAAGGACUAACAGUGUUCCAUGUUAGGAUUGCAGAAGCUAAACUGACAUCUAUCCCUAAAGGUUUGCCAUCAUCAAUUCAUGAGCUCCAUCUUGACCAUAACAAAAUUGCAAAUGUUGAACUUGAGGACUUUUUACGUUACAAAGAACUUCAGAGAUUAGGUUUAGGACACAACAAAAUAAAAGAGGUGGAAAAUGGAAGUCUUUCUAAUAUACCAAAUGUAAGAGAAAUUCAUUUAGAAAACAACAAGCUUAAACGAGUGCCUCCCGGAUUGUCGGACCUAAAAUACUUGCAGGUCAUAUUUCUACACUCUAACAAUAUUGCAAAGGUGGAUGUGAAUGAUUUCUGCCCAUUGGGACCCAAACUGAAGAAAUCUCUUUACAGCGGGAUCAGCCUUUUUGGAAACCCUGUAAAAUACUGGGAAGUUCAACCAUCCACAUUUCGCUGCACUCUUGGCAGAAAUAGUAUACAUUUAGGGAACUUUCGAAAGUAGAAACACAAUAUGCAACGGUUACAGCUCUCCCAACAAACACAUACUUAUACUUGUGAAAUGCAAACAGUGGAAAAGGGCUGAACCAUAUUCCUACAUGACAACACAGCAAGACAAGGGGUGUACAAAGAAAUGUGCAUGGUAUUCUCUCAAAGGUAGUUUUAAACAACUUGAAACUUAAUUAUAAAAAAGCAGCUCUAUUUCCAAUGACUGUAUCUCACAUUUGAUGUUUAUGGCCAGGUUCCAUUGUAAACAUGUGUGAGUUGGUUGAAGGUGAGCUUGCUUGAUCAGUUGGUGCUAAAAAGAACUAGGUAGAAUUUAUAAGUAAUAUUUUAUAUUUCCCCAGUCUAUAACUAUAUUAAAACCUAGUUUGAUUGUAUGUAUAGUAAUUUUUCAAAAGGUUAAUAUAAAUUCAAAUCAUUAUGGUCUUUUUGUUGAGUUUAAGCUAAUAUGACUCCAAGUGGGCUGAAGUGAGAAUAUUGGCAGGAGUGCCCUGGCUUCCCCCCCAAUGUAAGUACUUCUUACCUGGGGGCCGCUCACCUAAUCUAUAGAAUCAUGUUAGCUCUCCUGAGUUAAACCUUUCAGUGUACGGCCAGGUCAUUGGCAUACGCUGAUUAAGUCAUGCAUCUCUGAGAUUAGCUCAGUAAAAGAGAUUUCGGCUGCUGGAAAAUUAACAGAUGGUUUGACUACUUACCUGGGGGCGCAAGGGCACCAGUGCAUUCCUGGCACUAUAACAACUACAACGUGCUAUAGUGGCUAUGGUGCUUGGAGUAUUUUUUUAAAUGAUAAAUCUACAAAUAAAACUGAAUAUAUAAAGUUAACUGUACAGGGCUUACAUUGACUAGACUUACAAAAUAAUAUAUUUUCCAUCACAAGGAAACGCUGCACAGACUCCUACCACUAUGACCAAUUCAAUAAACUGAAGUGGUCAUGGUGGUCAGAGUAACCCUUUACUCUCCUGUUGUCAAUUCAACAUAGUACUGCAGCUUAAGCCUUAGAUGUGCAUUAAAAGUACCAUAACCACUACAGACAGCUGUAGUGGUUAUUGUGCCAUGAGUUGCCUGACACCAUCCCACAGUACUUUUCGUCAAUUCAUUUUCUCCAAACACAGUGGACACCAGGGUAUGGGUAUUUGUCAAAAUGUUUAGACACAUACCAAUGGGAUGGAGCCAGGGGCCUACUGGCAGCAAAACAGCUACAGUGUGCUAUAGUGCUUUGAGUGUCCAUUUAA